AUGAGUGCUACCGAGAUGCUUUGUAAUCUAAGAUUAACAGGCUCACUGCGAAGUUUGCGGUGCUACAGUUCGCUCGAGUUUCCCGCAAUUAGGAUCCGUGACUAUUCCAAAUAUGUGUCAAUCAAGCCUGUCACGGAGUUGAGACGUAGCAGCUCGCCAGAUUUUAUCAGCUCGCCAAAUUCGAAAUUGCAGUCGUUAAUCUGGCACAAACCGCUGCAGAAUGUGCUUGUCACCAAGAAGCCCUGGACCAACACCACUCGUGAAGCCAUGGUACAGUUCAUCACACAUUUGCACGAUUCCUAUCCCGAGAUCAACGUGAUUGUGCAGCCGGAUGUCGCGGAAGAGAUUGCCCAGGACUUCAGAUCUACACCUCAUCAGAACCCAAACGAACCGCAUAUUCUGUAUACGGGCGCAGAUCAGGACAUUGUGGCCAACACAGAUCUUUUGGUGACGCUUGGCGGCGACGGCACGAUCCUACGUGGCGUGUCGAUGUUUUCCAACAGGCAGGUCCCGCCUGUGCUGGCAUUCUCGCUCGGGACGCUGGGGUUUCUGCUGCCGUUCGACUUCCAGGACCAUAAGAACGUCUUUCAACAGACGAUAAGCUCACGGGCCAAGUGUCUACACAGAACCAGGCUGGAGUGCCAAGUGGUGAGAAGGGGCGAAAAGGAGUCCCACGAUCUGUCGACUUCACUACACGCCAUGAACGAUAUCUUUCUACACAGAGGUGAUUCGCCGCAUCUUGCCAACCUGGACAUUUUCAUCGAUGGCGACUUCAUGACAAGGACCACCGCCGACGGGAUAGCCUUUGCCACCCCAACCGGGUCCACUGCAUACUCGCUGUCCGCUGGAGGCUCCAUCGUUUCGCCAUUGGUGCCAUGCAUUCUUCUGACGCCAAUCUGUCCGCGUUCACUGUCGUUCAGACCGCUGAUCCUGCCACACUCCUCCCACGUCAAGGUCAGAAUCGGUGCAAAGGCGAGCCAAGGCCCAGCAAACAACGUCGUGAAACUGUCUGUCGACGGCAUCCCGCAGCCGGACCUGCGUAUAGGCGAUGAGAUCCACGUUGUCAACGAAGUCGGCACCAUCUACCUGAACGGCUCCCAGGUGCCAAGCACCAACAAGAAGGACGUCUCUGAGAGAAGAAAGACCAUCAAGAACUCCGGGAUAUACUGUAUUGCCAAAACCGAAAAUGACUGGACCCACGGCAUCAACGAGCUGCUGGGCUUCAAUUCAAGCUUCAGAUUCUCCCGCCAUGCCAAACACAUAAAGAAAGACAACAAGUAA